GCAGGCAGGCGUUUACUAGGUGAGGCGUUGAUAGAUGGACACGUGUGCCAAAUAUAUUCUGUGUAUUGCUUCUACUCGACAACAUUAUUUUUCUGUUUUUCUUAUCUGCAAAAUACCAAAACAACGUCAGCCAUGUGUGACAAGUUGUUCACACGCGUCCAGCAUCUCGGUCUUUUCUUCUUCUUCUUCCUCACUCUAUGCUGGUGCUUCAAUGAUGAGAUACAACAUAAAGCAGAUCAACCUGCGGAGGCGAUAUCGGACAUAGAAGAUGCCGAAUGGAAUGGGGUAGACUUUUGUAUAAUGGAUAUUCCCGGCUCUGGCCAAUAUGAUUUACCAGAUCGACACAUGCGCUCCUCGCUCUUCUCUGGCGGCGGCUAUGUAGUAGCAUAUCCCUCGAUUGGUGGUGUGGUAUUCGCCAAGCCUGAUGCGGUUCUAAUGCAGCAUAUUGGGCUUCCUAGGACCCAUGAUACCGUAAGAGCCGCCAGCGAUGACGAAGAUCUAAUGGCUGUAAAGCUGAUGCAGAUUGGCGGACACUGGUGGUCGGACUGGGAGCUCUAUGCUCGACACCAAUCUGAAAUCGACAAUGGGUCUCAAUAUCACGACGACUUUCCACCUAAAAUCCGAGUUGCCUACCCGAGCUCUGGAGGCGUUUGGAUCGCCAGAUACAACAACGACCAGUCGGGUUGGGAUGGGCCCUCAGAUCAAAUUGGCCUCUUUGUCUUCCCUGACAAGCCUGACGAUCUAGAUCAUGCGAUUUCUUGGACUCUCACAAUGGAUGAAAGAGCUCUGAUUCUUCAACAGCACGGCGCUGUCUUUUAUUCGAGUGUGGAAGAGUGUCCAUAUUUGCCCACCAGCGUCGAGGAAGGUAAAGCAUUAUAUCAGCCGUUUGAGGAGUUGCUUGAGAAACACCUCACUAUCUUUCCUGAUACACGAGAGUGGCGGAGGCAGCAAUUUGCUGAACCAACUGAAGCAGAGAUUGAAAAAGUUGACCAAACCGAGCAUGACAGGAGGUUCUGGGGAUUUAUUCGAAAUAUAUUUUGAACGACGCGGCAUGCUUUGGCGGAGGAUCAGUUAUAAUAGAACCAACGGCGUAAAUAUUUCGUCUACGGUGCAUAAAAAAUAGCGCCAAUACUAUCCCAAUA